CAGGAAACGUGUCGCGGGAAAGAACAGACGGUUCUCCGCGUCAGUUUACGUCGUCGUCUCUGAUUGGCCAGAAUCUCCCGGAUAUUCGCAGGGCGUCGCGGAUUGGUCGAAAGCGGCGCGCCAAACGUCACGUGGUCUCACUUUUCGCGCGAAACUGGCCUCUGUUGUCCGGACCUAAGCUCGCCGUGUGAAUCUGUGGAGAGAGACCCAGUCCUGCUCCGCUUCAUUUCUACUUCAGCUUUUGUUUUUGAGUCUUUUCUGACAGAGUGGCAGCAUGGAUGUCGCUACAGCUACCGCGGAGAAUGCCGGGACCAUGGUGAAAGACGAGUUGGCGGAAAAAUGCCAGAAGUUAUUCCAGGCUUUCUUAGAGGAGUUUCAGACAGCGGAUGGGGAGGUGAAAUAUGUCCGGGAGGCCGAGGAGCUGAUCAGGCCUGAGAGAAACACCUUGUUGGUGAGCUACACAGACCUGGAGGGCUUCAACCAGGAGCUGGCUACUACCAUCCAGGAGGAGUACUACAGAGUGCAUCCCUUCCUCUGUCGGGCAGUGCGAAACUUUGCUCGGGACCAUGGGAACGUUCCUCUGAACAAAGAGUUCUACAUGGCCAUCGAGGAUCUGCCCACCAGACACAAAAUCCGUGAGCUGUCCUCCAUGCGUAUUGGUACCCUGGUGAGGAUCAGUGGUCAGGUGGUGAGGACACACCCAGUCCAUCCUGAACUGGUGAGCGGUACCUUCCUGUGCAUGGACUGCCAGGCAGUGAUCAAAGAUGUCCCUCAGCAGUUCAAAUACUCCCCACCAACCAUCUGCAGGAAUCCCGUCUGCAACAACCGCUCCCGUUUCCACCUCGACACACACAAGUCCAAGUUCAUCGACUUUCAGAAGGUGCGCAUCCAAGAGACGCAGGCGGAGCUGCCUCGUGGUUCAAUCCCCCGCUCCCUGGAGAUCGUCCUGAGGGCAGAGGCUGUGGAGAUGGCUCAGGCCGGCGAUCGCUGUGACUUCACCGGGACCCUCAUUGUGGUUCCGGACGUCUCUCAGCUCACCACUCCUGGCGUGCGAGCAGAAACCGGCACCCGUGUCGGUGGAGGUCCUCAGGGCUUUGAGUCGGAGGGUCUGAGAGGACUGAAAGCUCUGGGAGUCAGAGAGCUGUCAUACAGACUGGCCUUCCUGGCCUGCCACGUGGCCCCGACCAACCCACGGUUUGGUGGCAAGGAGCUGCGGGAGGAGGAGCAAACCGCUGAAAGCAUCAAGAGCCAGAUGACGGAGAAGGAGUGGGAGAAAGUGUUUGAGAUGAGCCAGGACAAAAACCUGUACCACAACCUGUGCACCAGCCUCUUCCCCACCAUCCACGGAAACGACGAGGUGAAGCGUGGCGUCCUGCUGAUGCUGUUUGGGGGCGUCCCAAAGACGACCAUGGAGGGAACCUCGCUGAGAGGAGACAUCAACGUCUGCAUUGUUGGAGACCCGAGUACUGCAAAGAGCCAGUUCCUCAAGCACGUGGAGGAGUUCAGUCCCAGAGCAGUGUACACCAGCGGCAAGGCCAGCAGCGCCGCGGGUCUGACGGCAGCUGUGGUUCGAGACGAGGAGUCCCACGAGUUCGUCAUCGAGGCCGGAGCUCUGAUGCUCGCAGACAACGGCGUAUGCUGCAUUGAUGAGUUCGACAAGAUGGACCUCAAGGACCAGGUGGCCAUUCAUGAAGCCAUGGAGCAGCAGACCAUCAGCAUCACCAAGGCUGGAGUCAAGGCCACCCUGAAUGCUCGCACAUCCAUCCUGGCUGCUGCCAACCCUGUCAGUGGGCGCUACGACCGCAGCAAGAGUCUGAAGCAGAACGUCAACCUGACUGCCCCCAUCAUGAGUCGCUUCGACCUCUUCUUCAUCCUGGUGGACGACUGCAACGAGGUAACAGACUACGCCAUCGCCAGGCGCAUCGUGGACCUGCACUCCCGUGUGGAGGAGUCGGUGGACAGACUGUACUCUCUGGAUGAGAUCCGCAGAUACCUUCUCUUCGCCAGGCAGUUCAAACCUAAGAUCUCCAGCGAGUCGGAGGAGUUCAUCGUCGAGCAGUACAAGCGCCUCCGUCAGCGAGACGGCUCAGGGGGCGUGUCCAAGUCGGCCUGGAGGAUAACGGUGCGACAGCUGGAGAGCAUGAUCCGCCUUUCAGAGUCCAUGGCGCGUAUGCACUGCUGCGAUGAGGUGCAGCCCAAGCACGUGAAAGAAGCUUUCCGUCUCCUCAACAAGUCCAUCAUCAGAGUGGAGACGCCUGACAUCAAUCUGGAGCAGGACGAUGAAAUGGAAGAGGAGGAGGAACAGCAGCAGGAGGAAGGCAACAACAUCCCGAACGGAGUGAAUGGAGUUAACGGCGUUAACGGUCAUGUCGAUGGUGUUAAUGGCCAUGUCAAUGGAAUAAAUGGCCAUGUCAACGGAAUAAAUGGCCAUGUCAACGGCGUGAACGGCCACGCUGAACACGGCAGUCAGCCCAAACCAUCUCUCCGUCUGUCAUUUGCCGAGUACAGACGAAUCUCCAAUCUGCUGGUCCUGCAUCUGCGCAAAGUAGAGGAUGCUGAGGAAGAGGAGGAGCUCAAGAAAAGUGCCGUGGUGAAUUGGUAUCUGAAGGAGAUCGAGUCAGAGAUCGACAGUGAGGAGGAGCUCAUCAACAGGAAGGGGCUGAUAGAGAAGGUCAUCCACAGGCUGGUGCACUAUGAUCACAUCCUCAUUGAGCUGUCGCAGGGAGGGCUGAAGGGCUCCGAGCCCGCGGGCACAGAAGAAGAAGCUGUUCUGGUCGUCAAUCCCAACUACAUCCUGGAAGACUAAACUCCUACCUUCAGUUCUAUUGCUCUCAAUCCCAUCACAACUUAUAAUAAAGUUGAUGUUCAUAGCAUUUUGUUAAUGCUCAUAUGCACCACAUACAUAACAGAAGCAAUGGAGGUGCUGUUAGACUAGUUUUCUGAGUUAAACUCUGCUGUACAAAGAAUACAUUCUGUUGCUCUUAAAAAAAAGAAAAAGGAAAGAUGUUGUAUAUAUGUUGCUCUCUUUGCUCCAUGUGUUUGCUUGUUUCAGUCUGUUUGACUCAAUCAAGCUACUUUUUAUGAAUUGUGUAAUGGCCGUUUUCCAUAACUAUAUUGGAGACAUUAUACAAUGGCUAACCUUUGUGGUUUCAAGUUAUAUUGUACAUUGUCUUUUUUUUUUGUAAAAUUAUGAUAUGAAAUGUUUGUUAAAUAAAAAUGGUGUAGACGUAAA